AUGUCUGACGUCCCGAAUUUGACAUUCACGUCUCGACUCCUGACCGACUACCCGCACAGCAGCAAGGACUGUGGGACGUCGGUCCCGGAUGAUAGUCCACACCAUCCCAAACCCUUUCAACAUUCCCCAAUCUCCCGUCUUCCUUGCGAGCUUCUCGCCAGAAUCUUCUGCCAUCUCAUCGGACACCCGGGACACUUUCAUCCAGAUUGUUGUGGUUUCCUCGCUGAAUGGCUCGCGAUCAUCCACGUAUGCUCAAAAUGGCGCAAAGUUGCCUUUGGAGCGAAAUGUCUAUGGACCAACGUCAUUUUCAGCGGCACUGGUAUUGCGCAGGAGAUGCUGCAACGCUCUCGAGGAAUGCCCCUCAAUCUGUAUCUCGAACAUCUACCCCGAGCCCACCGUCCACCCGUUGUCCAGAGCUACAUGCAAAACCUCGCUCUCGUUAUACGUCACUCUUCGGGAAACAUCAGGACCGUUCAACUCGCCCUGAGCGUCGAUGAUCUCCAGGACAUCAUGCUGCAGCUCGAGGACAUGAAAUUCACGAGCCACCUGGAACGCUUCAAAAUGUCCGUGUGGAACCCGAGAGGGGUCUGCGAUGUCCCUUUGUCGCUCGUCUUCCUACCUCAUGACCUAUUCGAUGGUCAAUAUCCCCAGCUACGGUCCUUAUUACUCUCCAACAUCUUCUUACCCGUGAAGACCUAUCAAUUCACUCAGCUCACUAAGCUCAAGCUGGACGGCAUGUUGCUGAAGGAGGACCAAAAGAUAUGUUUCGACUGUCUUCUCAAUAUCCUCGAACCGCUCAGCCCUACGCUGCAGUACAUACGGCUCAGCCACGUUAUAAAGGACUGCUACCCUUAUCCUCCCUCCUUCCCGCACCGCCAAAUCGUUCUUCGCGACCUUCGUUAUCUCGACAUCACGUCCACGGGCUCCAACAACGAGCGUCUCCUGCGCUGUCUCAAACUGCCCCAGCGUCCCAUUAAACUCCUCUGGACAGCCUUCGCCCGAUCAUCCAGCCAACUCUCUCUCCUUUCCCCGGUGUCCGCUCAAUACGCAGGAACCUCCGACUCCGUUCUUCGCGCUCUAUCCAUCAAUUUCAGGUCUUACAAGGGUCAUCCCUUCUACGAGAUUCGGUGCCUCUCCACAGAGUCCCCCCAGUUCGAUACCGUGGAGAACGAGGAGAGCUGGACCGUGGCGAGGGUCGGCAGUUACGAUACUAGCGAUAAUAUCGCCGCUGGGGAACAGGUCGCUGGAGAUCUUGCUAGGAUAUUCGACACUAUUCUCCUCGACCAUCUCGUCGUAUUGACGUGCAAGUGUCCGUGUCCCUUGAGCGACGCUGCCCAGCGUUCGAUCUUGAGAACCCUUCAUCUUGCGAAGAAUGUUCGGGAGUUGGAUACGGAAGGGUUAUCCAAAGCCGUGUUUGAGGGGAAGAUAGAGACUUGA